AUGGCUCUUAAUAACCUUGCGCGCUGUCUGACAGCGACGCUCUCUUUGGCUGCCGUUCCUAUUGCAAAUGCACAGUACUACAAAAUCGCUACUUCCCAGGAGAUCAAGGACGCCUCAACGACUCUUGCCUACGACUUGAUGACCCUAUACCCAGGCAACCAGACCGGCAAAGAGCCAGGCAUCUUACCAGGCCCUCCAUCAGAAAACAAGGGCGAUUACUACUGGUGGGAGGGCGGCGCACUCAUGGGUACCAUGAUUGACUAUUGGCAUUUGACCGGACACUCCGAAUACAACGAUGUCGUGACGCAAGGUAUACUAUACCAAGUCGGAGAAAACAGUGACUUCCAGCCUCAGUCCAAGCGUGCAUCACUCGGAAAUGAUGACCAGGGUUUCUGGGGCAUGACGGCGAUGCUUGCCGCGGAGACCAAUUUUCCGAAUCCACCAAGUGACAAGCCCCAGUGGCUGGCUCUGGCGCAGGCCGUUUGGACGACACAGAACAGCCCCGAGCGACACGACGAUAAGUGUGGCGGCGGCAUGAGGUGGCAGAUCCCCCCGUUGAACGCGGGAUACGACUACAAAAUGUCAAUUGCCAAUGCCAUUUACAUGAAUCUUGGAGCGCGACUCGCUCGCUACACAGGCAACACAACCUACUCUGAUGCCGCCGAGAAGACUUAUGAUUGGCUUUGGUCUGUCAACUACAUUGACCACGAUACAUACAAGGUAUACGAUGGCGGUCAUGUAGAACACAACUGCACCGACAUCAACAAGGCCCAGUUCUCGUAUAGUAUUGCUGUCAUUACUCAGGCAACUGCGUUCCUCUGGAAUAUUACGAGCAACGAAAAGUGGAAAACAGCCACCACCAAGCUUACCGAGUCACUACUCCGUGACUUCUUUGCCGACGGCGCGGCGUUUGAGCUGCCGUGCGAGACAAACCCGGGCGGCUGCACAGCCGACAUGCUGUCUUUUAAGGGCUACGUGCACCGAUGGAUGUCGGUCGUGACGCAGCUUGCGCCUUUUACUGCGGCUACCGUCCUUCCUGCACUGAAAAAGUCGGCCGAGGCGGCUGUCAAGCAGUGCACCGGACCACCCUCGGGCCGCGCCUGCGGCUUCUAUUGGACGCGCGGCGAAUAUAUUGACCCGAGCGUCGAUAAGACCACCGGUGCCGGUGAACGCAUGGACGCCCUCGCCGCCGUAUCCAGUCUGUUAAUCUCAGAGGUCGCCGCCCCCGUGACGGCAAAGGCGGGAGGCACGAGCCAGGGCGAUGUCAACGCUGGCCGACCCAAGAGCAAUGAUCGCACCCUCAGCGAGAUCACCUCUGGCGACAAGGCCGGCGCCUCCUUCCUCACCAUCCUGACGAUGGUUAGUGCCGCAUCGUUGUUUAGCUGGAUGAGCUGGGACUCUCGCUGA